AUGUUUGAAAAAGGCGCAUAUUUUUGUAUAUUUCUGUUCUUCCUCUCAGUAGAAUGUCGAAAAAUACGAUUAGGCAGCAACAAUCGCGGAAAUAGUGGCGCACGACUUAGUGCAGGGAAUCAGCCCGGUGGUGGAGGUUAUCGUCCAGCUGGUGGCUUCCAGCCAGGUGGAGGAAUUUAUCCAAAUCAAGGUGGCGGAUUUCAUCCACAACCGGCUGGCGGAUAUCGUCCUCAACCGGCUGGUGGUUUUCAUCAGCCUGCUGGAUUCCAAGCGAAUCAAGCACUUGGACCUUCGAAAUUCAACAGUGGAACGGGACUGGGUUCAAUGUCAAGAGGAAGUCAAUUUAAAACUGCAUUUGCUGGUGGUUUAUUGGGUGCUGCAUCUGGUUUACUCAUCUACGAAGCUGGAAAAAUAUCAACGGUGGCGCCAGGAGGAGACAAUUCAUUGGCUUCAACUACACCGUCACCCGAUCAACUAUUGGCGAAUAUUCAAUUCAAAGAUGGUACUCGACCGAAGACAAUUGUUUGGAGUUGUAAGAGUGGUUCAGAAGUAUGUUGUGGCACUGAAUGUUGUCCAGCAUCUGUACCACUAUUUAAUUCCAAUAAUAACAAUAAUCAACCUUCAUAUCGUCCAGCGAUUAGUACCAUUCUCUUCGGGUAA